UGUUUUUUUUUUGGGAUAUUUAGGAAAAAGAGAGAGAGAGAGAGAGGGGAAAUAAGGAAAAGGCCAGUAGAAACGUGAAACGACGUCGCCUAUCUGGAAUGCGUUUUGUCUGUUUGUAGCCGGCUCCCAAAGACAGAGUAGAAAGCACAGUAACGCAAGUUCUCAAUAGCGGAUUUGCAAGUAAAGGUUCAGCCGCCGCACUGAUCGACCAAUAAGACGUUGCUAUCAUCCUCUAGUCAGUCUUUCUCUCCGCUUCUCAAGUUAUAAUUCUCUAAGCCUCCAAUGGCUGCAGCAAUGGAAACUUCACCAGCUUUGGAGAUUUUAGUUCGAGAACCGGCGGGAUAUUCUAUCUGGAAUGGGCCUCCAUUCAACAACAAUAAUCAACCUGGGAUUAAGCUUGAAAAAGUUCCUUGCACUAGUGCCAAGUUUAGUGAGGAUGGUUCGAGGCUUGUGGUUACGAAAGCUGAUGCUGCUAUUAGUGUUUAUGACUCCAGCACUUUGAAAGAGAUUAGAUGUUUUCAAAUCCCCAAUGUUGCUGCUUCUGCCUUGUCCCCACGUGGAACUUAUCUUCAGACCUUUCAGAAGUCUACUACACCCCAGGAAAAAAAUGUGGUUUUGUGGAACAUAGAGACUGGUGAUCCUGUUUACCAGCAAUUGCAGAAAAACAUGACAAAAGCCACAUGGCCCUCAGUCCAGUUCAGUUCUGAUGAAGCUGUUGCAUGCCGGCUCGCUACAAAUGAAAUACAGUUUUUUGAUGCUGCAGAUUUCUCUAAAGGAAUUUCUCAUAGGCUGAGAAUUCCCGGGGUGGCUGCAGUUGAGCUUUCCAAGGCUCCUGGGUCCCAUGUGGCAGCAUUUGUUCCAGAAUCUAAGGGGAGUCCAGCUAGUGUCCAGAUAUAUGCCUCUGGGAAAGAGUUGCAGAGUCAACCUCUUGCCCGACGAAGCUUUUUUCGAUGUUCUACAGUGCAGUUAAAUUGGAAUCAUGGUUCAACAGGACUUCUAGUUGUGGUGCAAUCUGAUGUUGAUAAGACUAACCAGAGCUAUUAUGGAGAAUCAAAACUGAACUACCUUACAACUGAUGGGACCCAUGAAGGACUUGUGCCUCUUUGUAAGGAGGGGCCUAUUCAUGAUGUUCAGUGGUCAUUUUCUGGGAAAGAGUUUGCUGUUGUUUAUGGAUUUAUGCCUGCAAGUGCAACAGUAUUUGACAAGAAGUGCAAACCAUUACUUGAGCUGGGAUCUGGUCCUUACAAUACCAUUCGAUGGAAUCCAAAGGGGAAAUUUCUGUGUUUGGCUGGUUUUGGUAACUUGCCUGGUGAUAUGGCAUUCUGGGACUUUCUAGAUAAAAAGCAGCUUGGAACAACUAGGGCUGAAUGUUCUGUAACGAGUGAGUGGUCUGCUGAUGGAUGCUAUUUCAUGACUGCCACAACAGCUCCCAGACUCCAAGUUGACAAUUGCGUUAAAAUUUUUCACCACAAUGGAUCGUUGUUCUUUAAGAAGAUGUUUGACAAGUUGUUCCAGGCUGAUUGGAAACCAGAGUCACCACAUAAGUUCGGUCCAAUUGCUGAACUUACUAAGUCCAUUGAUUCCAUGAAGGUUGAAGAAUCCAAAUCACAAGGACAAGGGUCAACCUCUAAAAAACCUGCAUCUGUGAACCCUCCAGCACAGAAACCUGCUGCUUAUCGCCCUCCGCAUGCUAAGAAUGCAGCUGCAGUUCAGGCAGAGUUGUUCGGAGGGAGUACUACAGGAGAAAUGAGCAAGAAUGCCCUCAGAAACAAGAAGAAGAGGGAGAAACAAAAAGAAAAAAAGGCAGCUGAGGCAACUAAUGCGGCUGAGGCUAAAUGACAAGUGUAGUUUUACCCUCUAGCAAUCAAAACUAUUUUAACCUGGAUACCUUGCAGUCACCCGUCUUGAUCUGUUAACAUUCAUUUGUUCUGUUUGAUUUUGGCUUUGCUGGCCUCUUCUUUAAUUUCUUUUUCCCAUUUUUUCCUAGGAAAGAGGGAACUGGGGAGGGGGUUGAGGGAGUUAAAAUUUUGAGCUCAGCAGAAAUAUAAGUAUACAUAAAAGCAUGUGUCCGUGUAUGCGCAUUUCUAUGUAGCUUAGGGCUUUUGAACCCUUGGUAUUGAUGGCCAGAAUGAGCCGAUGGUGAAAUACUAAAUGCCACUUUGCUUAGGUGCUUAAAACCCAUGACGGUUAUAUGGUUGUAUUAUUUGCUGAUGCAGUCUUUGAGAGGUUGCCUGAAUGCAUGGUUAGAGUAGCAGAAAGUUAUAAAAUUUGAACUGCUGUUUACACUUUGGGUAAAAAGCUUUAAGUUUAUGAAGAUUUGGAUGAUAUUUAAGAUAUAUAGCUGUCUUUUAAGUGAUUUUGAAGCACAGGAUUUAUGCUUGCCAAUCUCUAGGUGUGGCAAAAUAGGAUACAUUCCUGAAAUCCUUUACCAUUUGAAACUCUAUCUCAUAAAUCUCAUCUUGUCCUCUCCAAGACUGAAACUAAAUAUUUUCAAGAAA